CCAUGCGUGCAUAAAAAGGGGGACGAGAGGUGUAGGAGCAGGAGAGGAAUGAUGGUGCCAUCACCCCCAGCUCAUGCCCUCCCUUCAAUCCAACUCCACCUCCACAAAAAUCCUAUCCAUUCUCCACCAAACAGACCACGAGAUUUCAUCAUCUCCUGCUAAAAAUUGCAUCUUUCUUGGCUAAAGAUUCCUUUACUGGAGUUAAAAAUCCCCUUUUGCCGUCCGGUUUGUCGACGCGCUAAUUAUUUUUUUGUUGCGAUUUGCGUCGUGGAUUUGGACCACGCGCACCACUACAACCAAUCCUCCUCCGUUCAAUCCCAUCCUGCCCCCCCAACCCAACAAUCCCAAUCUCCAGUCGAAAGCAAACAUCAGAAAUCCUAAAUAGGGACGCACCAAGAACUCCACUACGAGAAUCCCCCAAUCAUUUCUUGGUGCAUUUGGCUUGGCCCCCUCCACCACCCGAGAAAUCCAUAGGAAACUCAUCCCAAAUCGCCCCCAAAUUGGUCCUACACCGCACCGGAUCACAGCUCAUAAUUCCAGUGAGAAUUCGAAAAGGAAGAAGCAAUGACGGAGGUGGCGCUCCUCCGGGGCCCGACCAACCUCGCUUCCCCCGCAAGCCGCGCCUCCGCCUCCUCCUCGCUGCGCUAUUUAGCCAAUGCCGACAGCGACGUGCUCCCAGGAAGCGGCAGCCCGGAGCACCCUGCGGGAUCUACAGGGAGCCGACGACUCCAAGAACGGCGCGGGCAAGAGGCAGCAGGAGGGUCGGAGGAGGAGGAAGAAGAGGAGCGGUGGUCGUUCUUGGCGCUGCUGUUUGAGCUGCUCCGGAAGUCGCUGCUCGGGUGCAGGACGGUGGGCGGCGGCGGCGAAGGCGAACGCGGCGGCUGUGGGAUGGAGAUUGGGUUGCCCACGGACGUGCAGCACGUGGCGCACGUCACGUUCGAUAGGUUCCAUGGAUUCCUGGGGCUCCCCGUUGAGUUUGAACCCGAGGUGCCUCGCCGCGCUCCCAGCGCAAGUGCAAGUGUCUUCGGAGUUUCAACAGAAUCCAUGCAGUGUUCUUAUGAUUCUAGAGGAAACAGUGUCCCGACAAUCCUCUUGAUGAUGCAGAGACGCCUUUAUGAACAGGGUGGCCUUCGGGCAGAAGGUAUCUUCCGUAUAAAUGCAGAGAAUAGCCAGGAGGAGUUUGUGAGAGACCAGUUAAAUAGUGGAAUUGUUCCGGAUGGCAUUGAUGUCCAUUGUUUGGCUGGUCUAAUCAAAGCCUGGUUUAGAGAGAUGCCAAGUGGGGUGCUGGACUCUAUCCCACCGGAACAGGUGAUGCAAUGCCAAUCUGAAGAGGAUUGUGCCCGGGUUGCGAAAUGUCUUCCACCAGCUGAAGCAGCUUUGCUUGACUGGGCUGUUAAUCUGAUGGCUGAUGUAGUCCAAGAAGAACAGAUAAACAAGAUGAAUGAUCGCAAUAUUGCUAUGGUUUUUGCACCAAAUAUGACUCAGGUAAUGCAUUGUGGUAACAUCAUAGCAAACGAGCAAUAUAUACCUGAUGGUUACUCAUGCUACUGUAGCACAUUUACCAUGCAGAUGGCAGAUCCUUUGACUGCACUGAUGUAUGCAGUCCAAGUGAUGAAUUUUCUCAAGAUGCUGGUACAAAAGACCCUCAAGGAUAGAGGGGAGUCCAAUCCAGAGGAUGUUUUGCUGUCCCAGAAGGAUCCAUCUGAUGAAAAUGGGCAUCAGAAACCCAGCGUGACACUGGAUUCUCUCCUUGAGGAAGGAUCCAGGCGCCCCUCUUUUGCCAACGAAGAGCCCCUUCUGAACAGUCCUGCACACAGCACUGGUGAUAAGCCUAAUGAAACUAAUACCACUGAAGGAGUCACUGCUGCUUUCAGUGCCCAGGCAAGUGAAGUCAUAAGGAGUAUGGAGGACUCUACUAGCUGCUCGCAACCUGCAAUUGCUUGUCCGGCUGCUGAUGCUUCCAGUGCAACUGCUACAAAUUCUCUUCAAGGCAAGGCAAGCCGAAGCCCGAAUCGUAGGAGAGCUAGAAAGGGUAAGGGUCAGUCUGGUACACGUACCACAGCCGCAGCUGAGAAAUCAAAAGGUGUAAGCAUCGUGAGCCGAAUAAACUCCAAGGUUGAACGGAUUGAAGCAUGGAGAUGAAGUGAAACACCAUUUCUAUUGUCGUUGUGUACUAGAUGACUGACCCAGUGUUUCCUGAAAUAGCAGCCCGAACUGCUUGCUUGGACAUUUUGCAUUUUCUAUGUGCUUAUCAUUUCUUUGACGUAUUGCGGUCGUGCUAUUUUUCAUAUUUGAGCUUCUCGCCAUCACUAACUUUUGUAUCUUCCUUAUGAUUACUUGUCUGAGUGAAUGAAAGAUGUUGAUGUUUUCAUUUGUACAUACAUCUGCCCGAUGCCUAAAUUAUGAAAUGCCUGAAUCUUCAGAUGUGGUA